AAGCAGACUUAAUUGCAGGUGAAACCGAUGCCUCUUGUCCCUCGUGUUCUCUUGUUGUUAAAGUAAUUUAUGAUUUAAAUAAACUUCUUAAAGAGGAAGAGGAGACUGAUUCUUUAAAGAAAUCACAGCAACAAACAGAGAAAGCAUAGAUUAUUUAUAGAAUUAAAAAGAAAAGAAUUUAAAAUGGCGGGUCGUGGUCGAGGACGUGGAAAACCGACAAUGUCAAUAUCAAAUGAACAAUUGGGACUCAGUAAAGAACAACAACCACCUCAAGUUGCACAACCACCACCAAAAUUUCCACCUCUUAUUUAUAAACCAGUAACAUUUAAUAUCACUGAUGAACUUAGCUAUUUAUUCGAAUUGAAACGUGAUUUUGCCGAAUUUAUGAAAGAAUCAGCAUAUAAUGUUGAACCGGUAAUUAUUAAAAAAGAUAUUGAUCGUUAUUCCGAUCAUUAUGUGAGUAAAGUCACGAGUUUUGAAACAAGAUACGAUUGGUCAAGAAUGCCCGUUGAAUUGAAGCCAUUGACAAAAAAACGUAAAUCCGUGAAUACUGGUGGUGGUGGUGUUAUUUUAGCAAAACGAAGGGACAUAAAUAUUGAAGAGAAAUUAAAAGAACUUGAAAAGAAGGAAGUUAAUCAUAAUUCAGAUAUUGAGGAAGAUGCAAAGGAAGAAGAAGACAAGGAGGAGAAAGAUCCAGAUGAAAUAAUUGAAGAUGAAGAAGAAGAUGUUGAUGAGGAAAUGGACGAUGGAACUGAUUAUGUUAAUAAUUAUUUUGAUAAUGGAGAAGGUUACGAUGAGGAAGAAGAUAAUAUCGACGAUGGACCAGUAUAUUAAGAAAUUUAUUUUUGCCUUUUUCUUUGAAUUGGCAUUGGCCGAUUUUGCUUCAUAUGCACCAAGGGGAUGGCGACCGCAUGGUCAAUCGUUUAAUCCGAGCAAAAAUCAAUUACAAUCAUACGGUCCACCUGCUGCAUCCCUAACUUACGGAUCAUCGGAGCUAACCACACGCUAUCCACCAUUUGCAACAACAAAACCACCACAGACCACUACAACAACCACAACAACGAC